GGUUUGGUUCGAGAUAGAUUACCAAAGUUUAAUCCGAUUAUGACAAGCUUUUUUGGUUACAGGUUUCUCAUUGUCUUCAAAUAUGAUGAAAAUGGGAGGAAGAGGAGGUGGAGAAGCUAUUUACUCAUCUACAACUUCUUCAGCUGCAACUUCUUCUUCUUCUGUUCCACCACAACUUGUUGUUGGUGACAACACUAGCAACUUUGGUGUUUGCUAUGGAUCUAACUCAGCUGGAGAAAUCUAUUCUCACAUGUCUGUGAUGCCACUCAGAUCUGACGGUUCUCUUUGCUUAAUGGAAGCUCUCAACAGAUCUUCUCACUCAAAUCAUCAUCAAGAUUCAUCUCCAAAGAUGGAGGAUUUUUUUGGGACCCAUCACAACAACACAAGUCACAAAGAAGCCAUGGACCUUAGCUUAGAUAGUUUAUUCUACAACACCACUCAUGAGCCCAACACAACUACAAACUUUCAAGAGUUUUUUAGCUUCCCUCAAACCAGAAACCACCAUCAAGAAGAAACAAGAAAUUACGAGAAUGACCCUAGUUUGACGAAUGGAGGGUCUUUUAAUGUAGGGGUAUAUGGGGAAUUUCAACAGUCACUGAGCUUAUCCAUGAGCCCUGGGUCACAAUCUAGCUGCAUCACUGGCUCUCACCACCACCAACAAAACCAAAACCACCAAACCCAAAACCAAAACCACCACCAAAUCUCUGAAGCUCUUGUGGAGACAAGUGCUGGGUUCGAGACGACGACAAUGGCGGCUGCGAAGAAGAAGAGGGGACAAGAGGAAGUUGUAGUUGUUGGUCAGAAACAGAUUGUUCAUAGAAAAUCCAUCGAUACUUUUGGACAACGAACUUCUCAAUACCGAGGCGUUACAAGACAUAGAUGGACUGGUAGAUAUGAAGCUCAUCUAUGGGACAAUAGUUUCAAGAAGGAAGGUCACAGCAGAAAAGGAAGACAAGUUUAUCUGGGAGGUUAUGAUAUGGAGGAGAAAGCUGCUCGAGCAUAUGAUCUUGCUGCACUCAAGUACUGGGGUCCCUCUACUCACACCAAUUUCUCUGCGGAGAAUUAUCAGAAAGAGAUUGAAGACAUGAAGAACAUGACUAGACAAGAAUAUGUUGCACAUUUGAGAAGGAAGAGCAGCGGUUUCUCUAGGGGUGCUUCCAUCUAUAGAGGAGUCACAAGACAUCACCAGCAUGGAAGGUGGCAAGCACGGAUUGGUAGAGUCGCCGGAAACAAAGAUCUCUACCUCGGAACUUUUGGAACUCAAGAAGAAGCUGCAGAAGCCUAUGAUGUAGCAGCAAUCAAGUUCCGUGGCACAAACGCUGUGACUAACUUUGAUAUCACGAGGUACGAUGUUGAUCGAAUCAUGUCUAGUAACACACUCUUGUCUGGAGAGUUAGCAAGAAGGAACAACAACAGCAUCGUAGUCAGGAAUAAUGAAGACCAAACCGCUCUUAACGCUGUUGUGGAGGGUGGUUCCAACAAAGAAGUCAGUACUCCAGAGAGACUUUUGAGUUUUCCGGCGAUUUUCGCGUUGCCUCAAGUUAAUCAGAAGAUGUUCGGAUCAAAUGUGGUCGGAAAUAUGAGUUCCUGGACUUCAAACCCUACUGCUGAGCUUAAGACCGUUGCUCUUACUAUGCCUCAGAUGCCGGUUUUCGCUGCUUGGGCUGAUUCUUGAUCGACAUCAAUCACUAACUCUGGGUUUCUUGGUUUAGUUGCCAAAUGUUUCGGUUUAUCUCCGGUUUUAUCCGGUUUGAAUUAAAAUUCGGUUUAGUUAAUCGGUAUAAUAGUAUUUGCUUAGGAGCGGUAUAUGUUUCUUUUGAGUAGUAUUCAUGUGAAACAGAAUGAAUCUCUCUUUAACAUAUUAUUUUAAUGAAUCUCCUUUGCUAUU